AUGGCCAUUGAUAUAAAGUGCAACACUACUUAUGCGGAAACAGCACACCAGUUAUGGGUUGAGCUGGAGCAGCGUUUUGCACAGCAGAAUGCGCCCCGAAUUUUCGAAAUUAAGCAGGCCAUAACCACGUUGCUGCAAAAUCAAGACCCUGUAAGCACUUAUUUUUCCAAGCUGAAGACUCUGUUGGAUGAACUCAUGAAUUACGAGGCCAUUCCUAAUUGCAGCUAUGGGGGAUUGAAAACUGUGGUCCAAAAUCUGCAAAGGGACUGGGUGAUGAAGUUCCUAAUGGGAUUGAAUGAUUCAUAUAGAGAAAUCAAAGCACAAAUCCUAUUGAUUAAGCCCUUUCCAAGUCUAAAUGAGGUCUAUUCAAUCAUACAACAGGAAGAGAAAAGAAGGGAAAUAUCGACUGAAGGCAUUGCACAAGGGGCUGCAUCUGAGUCUAUGGCUCUUAUCACCAAAAGAAAUUAUAAAGAAAAAGGGAAACAGAACAUACCUGCACAGAGGAGGGGUUAUUUUUGCACCUUUUGUAAAAUUGCAGGACAUUCUGUCGAGAAGUGCUUCAAAGCUAACCCAGGAAAACCAAUUUGCUCCUAUUGUCGAGUUCCUGGUCAUUGUGCAGAUAAGUGCUACAAGCUACAUGGGUACCAACUACGUCACAAAGUUGAAGGGAAGAAUAGGCCAUCAGCUAAUCAAUCCAUUGCAUCGUUGCCCACUGCACAGGAAAUGGUGAAUGACAAACCUCAAGUGUCAUUAAGUCAGGAGCAAUAUUCACACCUUAUGGCUCUUCUCAAACCAGCCACAAGCUCCCAAUAUCCAAACUACUCAGUAAAUGAUGUUCAGGGCGUUGCCACUUCUUCCCCCACUGAUGAAAAUAUACACCAACUUUCUGGUAUGUCUUUGUGCAUGUCUACUUUUAAACUAAAAUCACUUGACAUCUCACAGGUUCCUUGGAUUCUAGACACCGGGGUGACAGAUCAUAUGAUCUGUUCGACCUCAUUAUUCACUUCCAUUCAUGCAGAAGUUUCAUACAUGGUUACCCUACCAAAUGUUAACAAGGUUCCUGUUACUCACAUAGGAACAGUAAAAAUCACAGAUACUUUGAUUCUUCAAAAUGUUCUUUGUGUGCCCAAUUUUUCCUACAAUUUGAUCUCUACCAAAAAAUUAUCACAAAUGCUCCAUUGCUGCCUAAUUUUCUUCCCUCAUUGUUGUUAUAUCCAGGACCUUUCAGUUUGGAGAACGAUUGGCAUGGGUGAAGUUAAGGAAGGACUAUACCAUAUGAGGCGAGAGGAGGUGGCCUGCUCAACUUUAUCAGACCACUUGACUAAAUUAAACAUACUGCCAUCCACUUAUGUUUCAGCAUCUAUAACUAAAAAUGUUCAAAACCUAGACAUUUGGCAUUAUAGACUAGGACAUUCCUCGUGUACUACUCGUGACAUUGAUGGUGAUAUUCAUUUUUCAAAAUCUUCCAAUGACACACCCUGUUCUAUAUGCCCAUUAGCAAAAUUGCAUAAACCUCCUUUUCCUGUAAGUGUUCAUAGAGCUGAAAAAUGUUCUGAUUUAUUACACUGUGAUACAUGGGGGCCUUGUAAUGAGGUUGGUAGUGAUGGUUCUAAAUAUUUCUUAACAAUUGUGGAUGAUUUUAGUCGGUGUACUUGGGCAUAUAUGUUAAAACUGAAAUCUGAUGCAACUGCUGCCCUCCAAAGCUUUUGUCGUAUGGUGGAAACACAAUUUGAGACCAAAGUUAAGAUAAUUCAAACUGAUAAUGGGGGUGAAUUCAACAUGAGAGACUUUUAUCUCAAAUGA